AUGGCAUUCCACUUUGAAUGUUCUAACUUUCCUCUAGAGAUAACUCAUCCUUUUCACCCUAAACACCCUCUUAAGUUCCUUACACCUGUGGAACAUAACUUCUCUGAUGGGGAAUGUGGUAUAUGCGGAAACCAUUUAUGGAAAAGAUUUUAUUAUUGUUCAAUCUGUAAAUUCAGUGUGGAUGGUUCUUGUGUAAAGAAUCCACCACCGCUUACAAUCAGGUUAUUUCCUAAAGCUCAUGACCAUCAAAUCAGUCUUAUGCCAAGGAUCAUCUCUUUUAAGUGUGAUGCUUGUGGGUUUCCUGGUGAUCGAAGUCCUUAUUCAUGCCAACAAUGCUAUUUCAUGAUCCAUCAAAGUUGUAUUGACUUACCAGAGAUCAUCAACGUUAAUCGUCACGAGCAUCGUCUUUCUAGGCGUCUUCAGCUAAGUCCCGGGAGUUGGAUAUGUGGAUUUUGUCACGAGAAAGUUGAUUGGUCAUAUGGGGCAUAUUCUUGCUCUGUUUGUCCUAAUUAUGCUAUUCAUUCUAAAUGUGCUAUACGAAAUGAUGUCUGGGACAAGUUAGAGCUAAAAG